AUGGAUUUCACCUCCCAACUGAUUCCAACUCUGGUCUGCUUACUAGUAUGUACCAGUAACUGCGUCUUUGGACACACACGCAACGCUAUCCUGAAGGAGAUCAUCAAAACACUCAACAUCCUUACAGAAAAAAAGAACACAACUGAGAAGGAAACCUUCUGCAGGGCUGCAAGUGUACUUCGACAGGUCUAUAAACAACAGCCCAAGUGCCGACCUGUAGACCUAAGAAAACUUGACAGGAACCUCACCAGCAUGACAAACAUGAACUGUCCUGUGAAUGAAGCCAGGAGGAGAACAUUGAAAGACUUCUUGGAAAGACUAAAAACGAUUAUGAAAGCGAAAUACUCAAAAUGUUGA